AUGGACGAGAGGCAGGUUAUUCGAAAACUUGAUACCAGCCAAGCUCUUGAGAAACUCAAGAAGCUUCUAACAGAAGGCAAGGAAUCCCUUGAAUCUGUGCUGGAAUUAGAUGUUUCUUAUCAAUAUUUGUACAGGACAGCUUCUGAUUUUAAACAAAGUGAUUUAGUUGAAUACUAUAUAAGUUGCAUUGAUAAACUUGCUGAACAUUCUCUUGGCGAAAAUCUUGAUAAGAAAACUAUUAACGCUUUUAAGAUAGUCAGUACAGAAAAUGUAGUUCUAAAUGAAGCAUUAUUAGUCUCUAAAGCAUUAAAUCCAGUAGUCAAUAAAAUCUUGUCUUCAGAACCAAAAAUUCAUCAAAUUUCAUUUUUGGCCAAUAUUUUACAAACUCUAUUUGCUAAAUUACCAGAAAAGACAAUUCAAAAUUGCGAUUUCUUGCCAAAAUUGUUAUUGAAUGGAGACAAUGAUACAAUUUGUAGUUUCUUUUUUGACUUAUUUAAGACCAAAGACGAAGCAAAACCUUCUACAAUGCAAUUUAUUCUCGAAACAAUUCCAGUUGAGAUCACAAAAGCAGUAGAAAAUGCAUCAGACAUAAAUACAAUUUCAAUGGCAGGUGUUUAUCGAAUUUUCGCAGGUCUUGUCAAGUUUUCCGACGUAAAAUCAAAACUACAUGAAACAUAUAUUGCAGAAAAACUAUAUUUGUCUCGAUAUCCUUCAAAUAGUUACGUUCUUCAGAUGUAUUGGGAUUCCCUGAUACUUUUUAUGGAAGAAAAGAUAUACGACAAGUUUGUACCACUCAUAGAAAAGGCAAUUACCUCUAUAGCUUCUGCAAAUAAGACGUUUUUUCAAUAUCAUUCCUCAUGUUUUAGAUUUUUAACAUUAAUGUGCCAAUGCCAAAGCGCUUUUGAUAAAUACAAAGGAAUUUCUGAUAUUAUUAUCAAAGUUUACAAAGAAUUUCCAAAUCAUACAAUUGCUUUACAUUCUGCCGAGAAACUUGCCGUCAAACUGACACUUAUACCUAUUAUAGGACCUGCUGAAAUCAUGAAUAUCCUCCCUGUACUUGAAGAAAAUAUUAAAAACCGAAAAUCAGUUAUUAUUUAUGCUUGGUCGUACAAAAUGAUCACAGAUCUCAAACCUGUAUCACCAGAAAUGACCCAAUUAAUCACAAAUUCGCUUGACCCAGCUGUCCAAGAAAUAAUUGAAAAAGAGACCGAAAUAAUCAACACUCAGUACGGAGGAGACGUUCCUCCUCAGGCUUCUGAGCCACUUCAUGAUUAUUCAGCUUCAGAAAGACUUUCCCUUAUCAACUUUUUGAUCCGGAAUGCAACCAAUAUAUUUAGGUUUUAA